UACAAUUUUCUUUUGAAGAAGGUGCACGAUCUGUACGGUAACGACGACGGGAAAUCUUGUUUCCACCGGUAAUCGCUCUUUCACCGGAUUUGCAGGUGAAAGAUCGGGUUUCUAAAGUAUAAAUCGAGUGGAAGAAAUAUUUCGGGCUUUGCGUAAUAAAGGCUUUGGGUUUCUUCAUAUGAAACUAGGCUUUUGAGUAUGAUCGGGGUUUCUGACAAGGAAUUCUAGGGUUUUAAUAGAGAGAAGUUUUAGGGUUUUUUUGAGAUUCUGCCAUGGCUUUGGAUCGGAGGGCUCUUAAUUUCAUUUUCUCAGUGGAUUUUAUGAGAAUGGGGAUCUUAUGGACCUUAGCUGUCAUCUUCUCGCAAUUACGGCUCCUUUUCAGGGGAAUUUCAAUAAAAACCCCGGCAUUUCCUCGCGUCCCUCCAAAUCCUAGCACCAGGCCCGUUUGCAUAAUUACUGGAGCCACGUCUGGUUUGGGCAAAGCAGCAGCUCACGCUCUUUCAAUGGAACGUUACUUUGUAAUUCUUGCUGGCCGUUCAGAUCACCUCCUAUCCAAGACCAUUGAAGAAAUCAAGCAACAGCAAGAAGAUGCUCACCUAAAAGCAUUUCAAGUAGAUGUGUCUUCCUUAGCUUCAAUACUGAAUUUCAAGAAUUCCGUUCAACAAUGGCUUUGUGAUUUACACAUGCAUCCUUCUAUUCAACUUCUGGUAAACAAUGCUGGAAUAUUGGCAACAUCCCGGAGAUUCACAGCUGAAGGCUAUGAUAAGAUGAUGGGGACUAAUUACAUGGGUGCAUUUUCCAUGGCCAAUGUACUUUUGCCACUACUCAAGAACAGUUCUAAACCCUCACGAAUAGUUAAUGUCACAUCUUUCACCCAUCAUUGUGUGUCUGGUGCACAGUUCGAUGAGGAGUCAUUGGCUGGCAGGAAUUUGCAGCAUUUAUCAAGUGGAAAAUCAUAUCCAUUGUCUCGCAUUUAUGAGUACUCAAAAUUAUGUGUACUUCUGUUCUCAUAUGAGCUCCAUAGGCAGCUUUUCCUAGCGGAUCCUUCUCAUCACAUCUCGGUCAUGGCCGCUGAUCCUGGGGUCGUAAGAACUAACAUCAUGAGGGAGGUCCCUCAAAGUUUAGCAGAGCUUGCCUAUACUGCUUUGGAUCUUCUGUGUGUUCUGAACUCUCCUGAAAGUGGGGUGCAAUCUAUUAUCGAUGCAGCCCUUGCACCUCCAGAAGCAUCUGGACAUUACUUUUUUGGAGGAAAAGGCAGGACGCUUGAGUCGACCUUUCUUUCUUAUGACCCGAAGCUAUCAAAAGAGCUUUGGAUAAGUUCCAAUAAUUUGCUUCAGAAAGCUCAACUUACAUUACAGAAAUCGGGGGAAAUUUCCAGAACAUCUGAUUAAACAAAUAAGGGUAAGUUUUGAUGAAUCUUUCAAAAUUUUGUUAAGCUAGAAUUUGAAUAAUAAUUAUAGGAAAACCUCAAUCUCAUAAACUAUUAUGGUUGUUUUGUGAGAUAUCAAUCUCAUGAACUGCUCUGUUAUGGGAACCUCAAUCCCAUAAACUAUUAUGCUCUUGGACAAGUUAUUUGUCAGCCUUUUACUUCACUUGUUUUGGGAUACUAUGAAUCGUUUGGAAAGCAUACAAGGCUAUAACCCACUUAUCGUUGCAAUAAUGCUGCCAUCUGCCUAGUGGUUGUGAUGGAACUGCCUUUAUCCAUGCAAACUCAACCUUUUUAAUUGCUUGGUGUAACAGUGGGCUUAGAGAGAGAGAGAGAGAGAGAGAGAGAGAGAGAGGAAAGGGAGGGAGGGAGAGAUCCCAGUGGUUGUCUUAUGAUGCAUUAGAGAGAGAGAGAGGGAGGGAACGAUCCCAGUGGUUUUCUUAUCAUGCAUUUCAAACUUAACAUCUGUAAUUUUUUAUGAAUGACUGAUAUAUCUGUAAACUUCUUCGCAUCUAUUGUAGUUUGGUCAACAUUUGAAACCAAUGUUUUUAAACUCGGCUCAGGCCUCGAACUUGGCCCUGGCCUAUGUAAUUCAGCUGAAUCCGAGUGGAUUUGGCUGAGUAAAGUACAAAACCCAAAAAAUUUACUAAAUAAAAAUUGCUAAAAAUAAAAUACAUUUUAAAAAAUGAAAUAAAACCGAAAAUGCCCAAAUAUGCUGAAAAAGUCAUGAAAGAUGGAUUUAGAAAAUUUUGAUUUAUGGUUGUCGGCAUUUCGGAAAGAUUAAAAAAAAAAGAGGGAACUACAAAAAUAUGGCGUAUGACAGAAAAAGCUCACAAGUCAUUGCAAAAACAUCCAAAUUACACAUACAAUAUGUACACAUUGAUCCCGUGAUGAUAUACAAUUUUUAUGUUUUUUUAUUUGUUUAAUAUGCUCGAGUUGUACCCAGGUACUCAGCUCGGCAAGGGACCAAGUCUGAGUGGACUUGGCCGAGUGGUUAAACACUGUUGGAAACUAUGGCUAGUUUAUACUCUCUAACUCAUUUUGAACUGUUGGUAGUUUAAUACUUUAAUAGGUGCUUGUAGACACUGCUUCUAACUGCUAUUUGCGAUGUAGUUGAAAGGAUAUUUUGAAUGUUGAUCUGAAGCAGUUUAGCGAGAAAGACGAGUGGACUUUGAGGCAGUGCCCCCAAUACCAGUGAGGGAUAUAGGAAACUGAAGAGCCAAAUUGUUUUUUAGCCACUUUAAAUUCAAUUUUGUGUAAAAAGCAUUUCUUGAGAGAUUUUAGGAGACUUUUAGUAAACUGAAGAGUCAGAGCUUUAUGUGGCCACCAUAACAUUUUUGUACAUAAAGGAAUGUCUUGGCUAGUUUCUCUAUGCCUAGAUGUUUUUUUUUAUUUAAAUGUUGGCCAGAAAUUAUUUUUGGUCAGCUAUUUUGUUUAUAGCAGUUGAAUUGUACUGCAUGAAAAUGUAUUAGUCCAUGAAGUUUUUCGUA